AUGUACGAGAAUUCCUGUGGCUGUCUAGCCACACCAGGAUCCUGUCUAGGUGGUGGAGGUGGAUACAGCAGUCGGAGAACCUCUGGCAGAGACAAAUAUGGACCACCUGUUCGUACAGAAUUCAGGCUUAUUGUAGAAAAUCUUUCUAGUCGUUGCAGUUGGCAAGAUUUAAAGGAUUUCAUGAGACAAGCAGGUGAAGUAACCUAUGCGGAUGCUCACAAAGAACGCACAAAUGAAGGCGUGAUUGAGUUUCGUUCCUACUCUGACAUGAAGCGUGCUUUGGAUAAACUGGAUGGUACAGAAAUAAAUGGCAGAAAUAUCAGGCUCAUUGAGGAUAAACCACGAACGAGCCACAGGCGGUCUUACUCUGGAAGCAGAUCAAGGUCACGGUCUAGAAGAAGGUCACGAAGUAGGAGUCGCAGGAGCAGCCGCAGUAGAUCUCGAAGUAUCUCAAAAAGUCGCUCCAGAUCCAGGUCUCGGAGCAAAGGUCGAUCACGUUCUCGAUCAAAAGGCAGGAAAUCCAGAUCAAAAAGCAAAUCUAAGCCCAAGUCUGAUCGGGGCUCCCGUUCACGCUCUCGAAGCAGAUCUAAGGAGUAUGAGAAAUCUCGAAGCAGGUCUCGUUCUCGAUCUCGUUCCCCCAAAGAAAAUGGAAAAGGUGAUAUAAAGUCAAAAUCUAGAUCAAGGAGCCAGUCUCGUUCAAAUUCACCCCUACCUGCUCCACCCUCAAAGGCACGUUCUGUGUCCCCUCCACCAAAAAGAGCUUCAAGAUCCCGUUCUAGAUCUCGUUCAAAGUCGAGGUCACGGUCCAGAUCGAGUUCCAGAGAUUAACUUAGAACUCUACAUUCUUUGCACACUAUUAUGGAACACUUUCCUACUUGCUUAAGCAGUUACUCUUCCAUGUUUGUACUUGGCCUCUUUGCAAGAGGAAUCUCCUGAAAACAGGGGCACACAGAAAUUUGAUUUGUGGCCAAAUUUGAUGAAAAAGAUGAGGUUCUAAAGAAAUGGUGGCAUGAAGUCAAAGAUCCUCUCCCUUCUUUGUAGAAUUAAGAUAACUUUGAUUUUAUAGCUUUUGAGCUAAAAUAACUUUUGUAAAGAUUAAGCUCAUUUAGAUUUUUUUUAAGUAUUUCAGCAGGAUCUGCUGCAGGGGUUUUGUUGUUUUGUUUGCUUACUUUUAAAUUAACCGUUUCAAGCUUUGAAUACCUAAGGCUUUAGAGGGAGAACCCAAUUUUCAAUUAUGUUGGCUUUUUAUAAGCUUGAGUUAUGUAAGAUUUCAAUAAAAAUUUGCUACCAAGAUAAUUGCCUUACUGAAUAGGUCACUA